GCACAAAAUGAAGCUUCAGAUCGCAUUUCCCAGUUAGAAAAAGAUAUCCAAGGUAAAAAAAAUGAAAAUGAUGAAUUAAAUUUAAAGUUUGACCAAUACAAACUUGAUUCAGAAAGUAAAGUAAAAUCUUUACAAAAAACCAUUGACGAGCUCAAGGCAGCAGGUCAAGAAACAAUGAAUAUUUACGAAGAGAGAGUUUCUUCCUUGGAACAACAAGUUGAAGAAUUAAAAAAGGCUGGUGUUGAAACAAUAACUUUAUAUGAAGAGGCAACAGCUAGAAUUGCUGAACGUGAAGAUAAAAUUAAUUCAUUGGAAAAGGAAGCAGAAGAAUUAAGAUCUGCUGGCGUAGAAGCAAUAGAUGUAUAUGAAAAAACAAUCGAAGGAACCAAAAAGGAAGUUGAAGAAUUGAAGAAUCAAUUAACUAAAAAGGAGGAAACUAUUACAACAUUAUCAAAAGAAAUAGAUAAAUUACAGCUAGUACAAAAAGAGUUGGCAGAAGCUAAAGUCAAAUUGGAAAUGAAUGAUAAACGAGAAGAAGGGCUUCGAAAUGAAUUAGCAGAUUUACAGACUGGAUUGGAACAUAUGAUGCGUGCGGAUGCAAAAUCAAGAGAACGCAUAUAUCAAUUGGAAGAUGAUGUUCGUGAGUCACAAGCA